AUGAUAGAGGAUAAAUACAUCGGCCUGUCGCUGGCCGUCACCAGCACAAUCGGCAUUGGCGCAUCCUUCGUCAUCACAAAGAAGGGUCUGAAUGCCGCCGCCGAGCGUCACGGAUUCGAGGGCGAUGGCUUCGCCUAUCUGCGGAAUCCCAUCUGGUGGGCGGGUAUCGUGACCAUGGUCAUUGGCGAGAUCUGUAAUUUCUCCGCAUACGCCUUCGCCCCUGCCAUUUUGGUGACACCACUGGGCGCACUGAGCGUGCUGAUUGGAGCGGUGCUGGGAAGUUAUUUCCUGGGGGAAAAGUUGGGCGUGCUGGGACGGGUGGGAUGUGCGAUAUGUCUGAUAGGGAGUGUCGUAAUCGUGCUACAUGCGCCGCCGGACGAGGACCUAAAGAAUAUCGAUGAGCUGCUGGAUCAUGCUUUGAAGCUAGGCUUCCUCACGUACGUCGCGAUUGUGACAAUCUUCGCGCUGGUCAUGAUAUACAAGAUUGCGCCAGUAUAUGGCAAGAAGAACCCGAUGAUCUACAUCAGUAUCUGCUCGACGGUCGGAUCCAUCUCCAUCAUGGCAAUCAAGGGCUUUGGUAUUGCGCUGAAGCUCACGUUGAGUGGCAACAAUCAAUUCUCGCACCCAUCGACCUAUGUCUUUGCCAUUGUCGUCGUUGUCUGCAUUCUCACGCAGAUGAAUUACUUCAACAAGGCUUUGAGCCAAUUCAACACCAACAUUGUAAACCCACUCUACUAUGUGACAUUCACUACCUUCACCCUGGUCGCCUCGUUCAUUCUCUUCAGAGRUUUCAACACCACCGAUCCUAUCAAUACCAUUUCUCUUCUCUGCGGUUUCCUCACGAUUUUUACUGGAGUGUACCUACUCAAUCUCUCCCGAGAAGAUCCUGACGGCCGCAACAUGGGGGCCAAGCCGUCCGACUAUCGCGGAGCAUAUCAAGAAGUGGAUGGAAUCCCCACAGACGGACUCGCCGGUCUUCAAACCCGCUUCUCGAUGCAGUCACGUCGUAGCGGGGACAUGAACCGGAGGAGUACAAGUUGGAGUCAUCGUGAUCCUGCCGAUCAAACGAAUGCAUACGAUCUAGAAGCCAACGCUUUGAAAGAUCUAGCAGAUGAUGAUAGCGAUGAGGAUGACACGAGUGGUUCGAAUUUUAAGCGAACAUCAUUCGACGACAGCAAUGGAAAACGAGUGAGCAUGAAUGCAGGAGGCGGCGAAGGGAGCUCCUCCUUCGGGAAGCCCAGGCGGGCGCAGACUGUCGAGAGCGGAAGAGUUCACGUGGGUGCUAAAAACUUUGAUCGUACGAGGCGAUGA